AUGGUCGAUAUUGAUUAUAAAUUCCAUUCAACGCUAAUCGGGAAAAAUGGACAACAGAUCAUGAAAAUUAUGGAAAAAUCAGGCACUCUCAUCCAUUUUCCGGACGUGAAUAAAUCCUCAAACAUUAAAUCCAAUACAGUUGCUAUCAAAGGCAGAUCUGCCGAUGCUAUUUUGGACGUGAUUGAUCAUUUAAGAUCAUUGCAACCGUUGCAAAUGAUCAUUUCGAUAGAGUGGGAUGUGACUUCGAGUCACAUCGAUUUCUGGGUCACUUUAAACAAGCUGAAAGAUGAAUCACUCUUAAAUUUUACUCAUCAUCUACUUAAUAACAACAUCGUAAUGGUAAAUCUUAAAUUCCAAGCUAGAAACUUUGGCAAAAUAUUUUCAAAACUAGUUGAUAAUUCAACUUAUUCCUCGUUAAAACCUUUACGAUUUCAAAUAACCACUAACGUCAAUGUGGACACGUGUUUAAGCGAUAAAGAUUUAUAUUUGAUGGAGAAUUUUGAAAUCGAGGAUGUAUCAUCGGACGAUGAUGUCGUGGGGUUAAAUAUUAAGAAAGUGACCAUUACCGGCUUUCUACACAAGGCACCUUUGGCACUUAAGUAUUUGAGGGGAAAUCUCGUAAUAGAAGUAUAUUUAUCAUUGGAUUUUCCCAAAUUGCAGGUCUUGAAAAAGGUUAUCAGCAAGUUGCCAAUACCGUUGAAAUUCGCUAUCACAUUUCAAGAAACAUUAUAUAAAACAAAUGUUUGCUUGAGAACCCUCGAGAAAAAUAGGAAUGCUUUACUCAUCUUUUGCGAAGUUAUUCUAAAUUUUUUCGAUCUUUUAAACAAACGACUCAUUGAAAUUGUUUAUGCCGCCCAACAACAUCUACUAUAA